ACACGCACACACACGCACGCACACACGCGGCCCUCUCCACUUUUCAGACGCCCACCUCCUACACACUCCCCUCCCCUAAACAGACUUCCACCCACUCACCAUCUGUAGCCUGCCUUCCGCCCCCGCCCCGCCCGCCCGGCCCGCCCCCCUCCCCAAGAAGCAGACCUGCACAGCGGGCGGCAGGGACCCCCGCCAGACGCUCGGGUCGUGCUCGCCGUCCUGACCUCUGCCCGCCCGGGAAACUAACAAAGGCGGCGCGCGAGCCCGGCCCCGAGAGCUGCGAGCGGCGGCCGCGGGGCGGUGGAGCCUGGGCCGGGCCGGGCGAGCGCCGGGCGGGGGCUGCUCAGGAGUUCGGAGGCAGCGGCGCCGGACGACGCGGACCUCUGGCGGCGCGCGCCGCUCGGACAACGCGGGCACCAUGGGCUGCUGCACCGGGCGCUGUGCGCUCAUCGGCCUCUGCGCGCUGCAGCUGCUCUCAGCAUUAGAGAGGCAGAUCUUUGACUUCCUCGGCUUCCAGUGGGCGCCCAUCCUUGGAAAUUUUCUACAUAUAAUAGUCGUCAUAUUGGGUCUGUUUGGAACCAUUCAGUACAGACCUCGCUAUAUCGUGGUGUAUACAAUAUGGACUGCCCUCUGGGUCACCUGGAAUGUUUUCAUUAUCUGCUUCUAUUUGGAAGUAGGUGGGCUCUCUAAGGAUACAGAUCUAAUGACAUUCAACAUCUCUGUACACCGGUCGUGGUGGCGGGAACACGGGCCUGGCUGUGUCCGAAGAGUGCUGCCCCCGUCAGCCCACGGCAUGAUGGACGAUUACACGUAUGUCUCCGUCACCGGCUGCAUCGUCGACUUCCAGUACCUGGAGGUCAUCCACAGUGCCGUCCAAAUACUACUCUCUUUGGUUGGUUUUGUGUAUGCCUGUUAUGUGAUCAGUAUUUUCGUGGAAGAAGAGGACACCUUUGAUUUCAUAGGUGGACUUGAUGCACACUCCUACUACCAGGAUCAUGUUGAGUUAAAGCCUGUUCAUCUGUAAGUAAAGGUCGAAAUAAGUAAUGACGCUGACUCUGAAAUGCGGCUGCUGAACUUGACUUAGGAAGCAAAGCACCAAUGACAGCACCUCUCUGCAUUGACACGUCUCACUUUCUUCCAGAGGAUGGACUGCACCUCCCCACUUUCCCACGAAUCACAGAGUUCUCCAGGCACGGCCUAAGUGUUAUUAGCAUUGUUCGCUAGAUGAGUUGUAGGUGCUUGGGUGGGUGUUUUUUAGUCAUUUCCUUCUUACAUGAAUACUUGUAAAUUGUACCCCAAAACUGGUUUUUAAUCUUUUAACAAUAUUUAAUGUGAGGCAUGCAAAAUGAAAAACAUUCUGUGAAAGCUUUCCACAGUCAAUUCUAAGAGAAAUGUGGCUUUGUGUAGUUGAGGUGUCAAGUCCCCAUUGCUGACUGCGGUGAUCUCGGGCCUGACGGGAGUUCUCAUAGAGGAUGUUACCUGGGGUUCCUCGGCAGGAAGUUAGAUGCGGUGACAGAUGAUAAAUGGGUACAGAUAGUGGAUGGGGCUUUCAGACUGAGUACAGAUCAUUUUUUCAACACCACAGACAAAAUAGAGAGUCCUCCUUUGUUCUCGACUUUCGAAAACCCAGAAUCAUAUUAUGGCAAUCUAAAUGUUCAGAUGCUUGCAUGAUAUCUCGUUCUUCCUAUGUUCUGAAAAAAUAUAUAUCACGGGCGUAUGAAAGAGUGAAAUGACCAGUAGAACACCUUUCCCAUUUGGAGGGUAUCUCUGAGGUUCAGAUUUUCUACCCUUUCUCCCAGUUCUGACACUGGCAUCAGACCUCAAUAUACAGCUUAUAGGUUUAUGGGACAGAAAUCACAACCAUAAAUCUGUGAUCAGGAAUGUUGCUCUUAAGAUAUUCCAAAAAGUAUUAAAAUAGUGUGGAAUUCUCUAUAAUACUUCUAAAGAAGAUGUUUAUAUUUGUUCUGAAUCAACUUUUCUUUCUCCUACCCCAUCCCAAGAACCAAGAAAGUAAUAUGGGAAACAAUA